GAGAGAGAGAGAGAGAGAGAGAGAGGGGAAACAACUCUAACAACACCUGCAAACAAACUCCCAACCGACUGAAACACACCGAUGAACCUGAGACCAACAGUAAUGCGGAAUAAUAAAGGUGUGAGAAAGGUGUUUAUUCAGAAGAAGAGAAGUAAAGCAACAGAGAAACUUUAUCUAAAGAGAACAAGUCGUGCGAUUUGAGUCGACGUCGGACUGAGAGCUCAGAGAGAGAGAGAGACGACAGCAGGCAUCUGGUGGAUGGAGAGAAAAUGGAGGUGAACAGAAUCGAGGCGCCUCUAUAUGGACAGGUGGAGGCCCAUGUGAGGUUACAAGCCAACGCUCCUGAAGACGCUGAGUUUUACGUCGUUGUGCAAGGCUCAAACCUUACACAUGUGACUGCGGCAAAAAGAGGAGAUGAUGGGCUGAGCCUUCGCUUCACAGUUCCCGGCCAUGACCUCGUGGAAGUUGUCUCUGUCACAUCCUACUUUUACGCAGAGGACCAAGUGGAGCCAUGCGAGGGUGAAGCCUAUCUCGAAUACCUCAGGGACGUCGCCCAGGAGGCGGCAGAGUACCUGAGUGCAAACAGGGACCAGCUCGGCCCCCGGAGCUACCUAGAAGUCCUGAAGAGGUUUUCCACGCGGGUGGCGCAGGCAGCUGACGAGGAGCUCACCGCUGCAGGGUUAGACAGCUGUGAGGAGGAUGUGCGGCUCAGGCAGAGUUCAGGUGAUGAAGCUGAUCUCAGGCAGCUGGAUGAGAAGAUCACUCAGGCUCUGGCCAACAUGGAUUACCCUCAGCAGUGGAAAAACACUGACAGCCUGCCGAGAGAAGCUGCGGAGCUUCAGCCCAAAGAAACCCUCCUUCACCUUGCAGUGCGUCUGGGUUUGGUCCAUCUCUCCCGUUUCUUAAUCCACCAACCGAGAGGUCAAAGGGCGUUGACCUUACCCAAUCAGGAGGGAGACACACCCCUCCAGCUGGCUCAGAGGGACGGACAGCAUGCCAUGUUCAGGGUGUUGGCAGCUCCUCCAGGUCCUGUAGUCGGCCCAGUUCCAGGUGUGUGGUGUGUUUGGUCCGACAGCUCCUGCAUGCUGAGGUUUUGUCCCGGGACGGACUCCCUAACCCUGACCGUGCGGCAGGCGCCCAGCAGCUGCCCUCAGGACGCCAUCGUGAUCCUCCGAGACAAACUGGGAGACCACAGCAUCCUCAAACUGAUCAAUGGGCUCAAAGCUGACAGUGAGGUAGACAAGAGAAGAAAAGAGGAAUUCCUUCCUGGUGAUGAAGGCAAGGAGCUCCGAGUGGAAGAGCCUGCGCUGGCGGACAAUGUAUUUGAAGAACAACUCGUUCUUUCUUUGGAUGAUGACGACGAUGAGGACGACGAGUACCCAUCCUCAUUAUCUGUGAAUGGCCAUCCCAUGCCGUCCAGUGGAGUCCAGAACCAGCGUGCUACAGACCCUCUGCUCUCCAUGAUCAACAGCAGCGAUCAGACCAUCACACAUCAGACACAGGAGGAAGAUGCCGACAUCAAGUAUAGCGUCAGUGGAGUGACCAGGGACAGCACGGGGACGGACAGCGGGUUAUGGGACACGGUAGACUCAGAAGAUCUCCUGCCAGCCACCGACACUCCUCCACCUUAUUCAGAAGAUUUCUCCCCUCCCUCUCUACCCUGCUCUCUCCCGCUCUCACCCACUGACCAGGCCCUCGCCAGGCUGAGCCGUCCCUUCUCCUCUGAGCCAACCAAUCAGAGAGAAAGUCCGCCCAUGGACACCUGCGACCUCAGUCCCAGUCUAGUGGCUCUGGAAGUGGACAGUGGAGAGGACAGCACCAAGCCGCUUUCCCCACUCUCGUCAGAUGUUGAGAAGAGUGAAGACAAAAGGGAAACCUCUCGUCCCUUCCCUGACCUCACGUGCACUCGCAGCCAAUCUGCCUCCUCAGCAUGUGAACCCACUACGAAGGACAUGGGUGACCAGGGGAUUCGACUGCGUUCGUAUUCCUACUCUUCCCCCAAAAACCUCCUGCGUCCUGCUCGUUUUUCCCGGGACAACCACACCGGAGAUAUCAGCCCUGAUGGCGUACUCCACAGUGUCAACCACAGCCGAUCUCUCCUUCAGGCCCUCUCUCUGUCUAAAUCUCUGUCUCUUCUCCACCCUGGUAAGCAAAGAGCCUCCAGUAUGUCAGAGCAGUCACAUGAAAAAAGGGAGAUUAGUUUCCGUAAGCGAGCCCAGUCUGCUGAUGACGAGGGCAGCAUGGAGCUGGCAGAGUCCAUUCAACAUCUCACCCUGUCUGAGUUCCUCAAAGAAAUUGAAGAGGAGGAGUUGGAUAAGUACAACAUCCCGACGAAGGUGGAGUCCGAGAAGUACAAAGUCAUUCGCACCUUCAGUUUCCUCAAGAGCAGGAUGUCCAGUACACGCAACAAGACCAAGGGGAAGGGGAAGGACAGAGAUACCAAGGAUAGGCCGCUGAAUGGACAUCGGUUUAACACAGGGGCCUGUUUGGGCCCCAACGUGUGCGUGGUGUGUGACAAACCGGUAUCUGGAAAGGACCUACUGCACUGCUCCGGUUGCACUGCUAUCGUCCAUAAGGGCUGUAAGGACUCUGUCCCUCCAUGUUUGAAGAAACUUCAGGAUAAGUAUGCCGUUACCAUGGUGAAGAACAGGACAGCAUCCCUCCCACAGAAUUUCACAGUGAGAGACAGUCAUCCUCAGUGUGUCCUCUCCGUCUCUGCCUCUCUACCUGCCAUGAAAGACACCGCGACCCAGCCAUGCCUCCUCUCUAAGACAAACAGUGACAGUCGUCUCAGUGAGAGUCCAGAGACGGAGUCUGAUUCCUGGAAGGUGACCAGCCGAUCAGAAGAGCUGCUGCCAACUCCAGUGUCCUCCACCUCCACUGACUCAUCCUUCGGAGAAGACUGCGUUGAUGCGUGUGUCCACAGCGACGUCUCGGCUGACGCUGUGGAUUACGAGGCCGAGUCGUGGAGUCUCACCGUGGAGCACAAGUUCUGCAAGAAGCAGGACAAACGAGCUGUCAAGAGGCAGGAUGUCAUCUAUGAGCUGAUGCAGACCGAGCUCCACCACCUACAGACGCUGCACAUCAUGGCCGAGGUUUUCGGGCGAGGCAUGAAGGAGGAAGUGCAGCUAGAUGGCGAGGCGGUGGAGCGGGUCUUCCCCUGUCUGGACCAGCUGCUUCUCUUCCACCACGCCUUCUUCGCCGCCAUGAAGGAGCGGCGACACAGCUCCGCCCAGCCCCAGGGACACAGCAACUACCUCAUCCAGCAAAUAGGAGACGUCCUGCUCCAACAGUUUUCAGAUGAGAACAGUGAGAAAAUGAAGCAGGUCUACGGAGAAUUCUGCAGCCGUCACAAUGAAGCAGUCAGCUCUUUCAAAGAGCUCCAGCAGCAUAACAAGAGAUUUCAGAACUUCAUUAAGCAACAAGGUAAUAAUUCUUUGGUGAGACGGAGGGAGAUCCCAGAGUGCAUCUUGCUGGUAACCCAAAGGAUUACAAAGUACCCAGUGCUGCUGGAGAGGAUCCUACAAUACACUGAAGAGGAAACCGAGGAGCAUGCUGACAUUUCCAAAGCGCUGGUUCAGAUUCGAGAGGUGAUAGCCGCCGUGGACCUGAGCGUCAGUGAGUACGAGCGGCAUCAGAGGUUACAGGAAGUGUGGAGCCGCAUCGAGAACCGCAGCGCGGCCAAGCUGAAGAACGGCCACACCUUCCGCAAGCAGGACAUGAUGGGGCCGGGACAGACGCUCAAACACCAGGGCCCGCUGCUGUGGAAGACUGCCACCGGUCGACUCAAAGAUAUCCUGGCGCUGCUUCUCACAGAUACACUCAUCUUCCUGCAAGAGAAAGACCAGAAGUAUACCUUUGCCACAGUGGAUCAGAAGCCUCCCGUCAUCGCGCUGCAGAAGUUAAUAGUGCGAGAAGUAGCGAACGAAGAGAGAGGGAUGUUUUUAAUCAGCGCGUCAGCCGCCGGGCCAGAAAUGUACGAGGUCCACACGUCAUCCAAAGAGGAGCGAAACACCUGGAUGAGGCUCAUUAGAGAGGCUGUAGAGAGCUGUCCGGAGGAAGAAGAAGAAUACACGAGUGAGUCUGAAGAGGAGAAGCGAGCUGCUGAGGCUCGCAUUCACAAGAUCCAGAAGUUACAAGAGAGUCUGCUGAGCCAGGACCAGCGGAUCUGCUCCAGCCUGGAGGAGAAGCUGCAGGUCCACGCAGCGCUCGCCGCGCUGAGUGGGAGGACGGAUGCCUUGCUGGUUGAACCGCGACUGCUCGUCCAGCCGCACUCAGAGGAGCCGCCCCAGGCCGCCGUGUUGCUGGCUGCAGCGCUGCAAGAGGCUGAGAACCUGAAAGCCGCGCUGUCAUCCAAGAUCUGCUCUCCAUCGAGUCACAGCCCGGACUCCGACACAGACUCCGUGUUUCCUGUAAGCCCUACUACGCCUCUACAGCCCCCCUCAGACUCUGAGGCCUCACCUGAAGACCCGGAGACCAGUGAGGGGAACUGGACUGAGGACCCGGUGCUUCAGUCCCCGACAGACACGAAUGACAUCGACGUCAAGGUCGCUCAAAGUGUCCAAAGCCUGACCCAGUUACUCUACAGUCUGCAGGCAGCGGUGACCAUCCAGGACAGCUGCUAUGAGAUCCAGAGGCUCCUCCUCCAGGAGACCGGGCGCCCUUCGCCCCGCGCCCAGCGAUCGCACUUUCCCAGCAUCCGGGCCAACACCCUACAAGAACAGGAGAAGCAGCGCAACCUGGAGAAGCGGAAGGAGGAGGUGGUGGCAGCUCAGCGGCUCCAGGGACGACUGCGCCAGGAGAAGGAGCGCUGGGAGCGGGAGUGCCAGGCCAGGGAGAGCCAGCAGGGGGAGCAGGAGAGCAGGCUGGAGGAGAGGGAGAAGCAGUGCCACCUGGAGACGGAGAGGCUGAGGCGCGAGAGGGAAGAGCUGGACGAGCAGCUGGACGAGUACCAGCAGAGCCUGGAGCGGCUCAGGGAAGGCCAGAGGAACGUGGAGAGGGAGCGAGAGCGUCUGGAGAACCAGCAGAAGCUGCUCCAGACCUGGAGGCACAGCCGACAGAGGAGUCUGCCAACUGUGAUUCCUCACAUGGUCAUCCCUCUAGAUGGGCAGCAGGACUUGGCACCGAGUCAGUCCAGAGACCUCGCCGCCAACGGCUCCGCGUUUGUGAAUGAGGCUGCGUUCGACAGCACCAGCGUCAACAACCGUCACGUCCACCACAAGAGAAAUGACCCCAGCGCGCACAAUUGUCUCAACACCCUGCUGGCGAGAUCCAACAGCAGACAGGCCCCCGUAGCGAAGGCUCCCCACAGUCCACAGUCAGACUCCCAGGGAUGGAUGAUGGGGACAGGGUACCUCUACAGCCCUGCAGGGAGGCUGGGGCUGCAGCACACGCCCACUGAUCUUAACAGUCACGGCUACAUCGGGGAGACGUGGUCGUCAGCAGCGAGCGGCGCUGACCCAUAUCCGGUGUUCCCGCAUCCCGGUGACCCUCAGCUGGACCUCAGUGCACUGGUUUCCUUGGAGACUGACAGCGGUGGUGAGGAGGGCGGUGAGGAAACAAUUGUGUACCUCUGAAUGUUGAUUCAUUUCAGACUCAACCCAGCACUUGGAAAAAAGACAUUUACGAAGCAUCGGGAUUGGAUCCAGAGUUUUUGCUUCAGAAAACAUUUUCUCUUUUUGUUGUGCUUUUUUUUAUAUUUGAAAGACUGUUUUUGUAAGUGUAAAGUUACUGGAAGCACGGCGAUAAGAAACUGAGAUAAAGAAGGUUGUUUCAGACUCAAUCUCACAUGCACCUUAGCUCAAGGCACCACUCGGUGUUCAAUGUCUCUUUAUUUUCUGUUUUUGUGUGUGUGUGUGUGUGUGUGUGUGUGUGUGUGUGUGUUUGUGUGUGUGUGUGUGUGUGUGGUCUUUAUUGACUGGGUCCCUGCAGCUACACCUUUCCCCUUUUCCCCCCCUCUGCUUCUCACUGUCCCUCCCUCGCCGCCUUCCUCUCUCAGGCCCCCCAUAUAUCUCGUCCCUCGAGCGUUACAUUUAUUAAAUUUACCACCAAAUGAGGAGAAAAAGCGUAUACCCAAUAUAAGCAAAAUAUCAGGCUGUAUCUCUCCAGCGGGUGAUUGUCUGCAGCAAACUGCCCCUCUUUCAUUUAUCAGACAGGCUCUGUUUAUGUACGAGCCGAGCACAAUGCGAAGCACAAAGCAUUAGCAUUGAAAGAUGAGGUGCGACAGCGUCAGUCCCACGUUUUUUCCAGACUCGCCGCCUGUAGCCGUCAUUUAUUUCUUUUUAUCUGAAGCACGUUUUUCUUGUUAAGAGAAAUAAGAUGUGGUUUUAAGAGAGAUGUUGCAGCUGCGCUAAUAUAUCAGUUUUAUCAGACGUUCAACCGCAAAAGCCUGAGAAAGCAGUUUGUUCCUGUGAAAAGUGAAAGAAAGUUGGAGUGGGAA